GUGUAUCGAUAAACGAUAGCAAGGCAGAACACAGCGCAUGACCGCAUGGCCACCGUUUGACGUCACUACGGUCGAAGGACAACAGAAGCAAACAAACCCCCAGGACAACCAAAAGGGUUGGCAUUUAGUAAGCCCACACAAAAAAGGAACAAACAAACAUUUAAGGAUAUUUAAGGACCAAAAGAUGAAGCUCACACGCGGACGUUACACGUAUCUUUUGAUGGCCCAAAUGGCACUGCUCGCUGGAGAUUUGUUCUUCAAUGCCUUUGGGGCAUCGCUGGCCAGGAAUCAUCUACAGACAUCCAUAUUUUUCUUUGUCACCCAAGAUGCAUUGAUUAUUGUCGAGUAUUUACUCUUCACUUUGGCCCUGCAUUCGACGUGUGUUUAUCAAGUGGGAGCCUCGCAUAUAAUUCUGAGGAAUUGCAAGCUCUUUUUGGGGAGCAUUACCAUAUAUUUUCUGCUCUCGGCCUCACAGCAUUUCUGGAUCGUCUAUCAGAGUCGAUUGUCGGCGGGAGAGAAUCAGAAUCAGGAAUGGCCUUUGGGUCUCUAUGCAUUGGCUGUCAUCCAUCGAAUAAUGUCGGUUUUCUAUUAUUAUAGCUCCAAAUCGACGGCUUUGACAAUGGCAGAUCCCCGCUACAAGGAGGAACAUCUUGAUUGGAUUGCAGAGCAAUUGGGGGAUAAGUAAAGCGAGGAAUCAAAAGAUAAUAGAAAAUGUAAAAAGAUAGAUAAUGGAAAAUGGGAGAAGAUUGAGUGAAAAACCAGGAUGUUUGAGGUGCACAAAGAAGCAAGAAGUUCAGAGCAAAAAUUGUGAUGAAAAUGCGCAUACUUUAUGUAAUUAAUGUAUAUAUAAAUGAAUAUUAAACUUAUUUAUAAUUUAAUUAUAUACAAAUUAAAAUGUUUUAUUAAAAAUUCCAGAAAUUUUGAAUAUUUUAACGAAUUUCUUAUGAAAUAUUGCUAUUUUGAUACCCGUGCCGCCGUCUGUUGUUUGGUGGCUUGUACUACAUGCGUGUGUACAUUUCAUGUAGAGUAAAUGUAGAAGCUGCUUAGGGAUCUUUUUCGGACCAUUUCUAGGGGACUCGAAAUGCAACAUCUCUAAACCUCUAAAGACAUUUUAUUCGAAUAGGGAAUCUUUCUUCAAAGUAUUUGAUCU